AUGCACGACCAAGGAGUCUUUAGAUGCCGGGUAGAUUUUGUCAAUUCGCCGACAAGAAAUUACCAGGUUAAUUUGACAUUAGUAGCUGAGCUCAAAGUAAAUAUUGACCAGUCCAUUACACCAGAAAGUGAUACAGCUAUAUGUUCUAAUUUGGAAGGUGAAAAACGAGAAAACAGGAAAAAACAAGAAAAAACCGAUUCUCGUUUUGAUAUUUCUAAAGCUGACAUUUCUGAAGCUGGUUGUAGCAGAGUUCAGUUUUGUUACUAUUUAGAAAAUAGCAAAUAUUAA